AUGAGCGCGUGGCUCCUGCCAGCCGGAGGGCUUCCCGGCGCCGGGUUCUGUGUCCCUGCGCGACAGUCUCCGUCCAGUUUCUCGGGGGUCCUGCGCUGGCCAGGGCCUGGGCUACUCGGACUCCUGCUCCUGCUGCUGCUCCCAUCUCCUUCUGCCCUCUCUGCUGUGUUCAAAGUGGGGGUGCUGGGCCCCUGGGCUUGCGACCCCAUCUUUGCACGGGCCCGACCGGAUCUGGCUGCGCGUCUGGCCGCCAACCGCCUGAAUCGUGACUUUGCCUUAGACGGCGGCCCCCGGUUCGAGGUUGCGCUGCUCCCAGAGCCCUGCCUGACCCCGGGCUCACUGGGGGCUGUGUCCUCCGCGCUGUCUCGAGUCUCUGGCCUGGUGGGUCCGGUGAACCCCGCAGCCUGCCGGCCAGCCGAACUGUUGGCCCAAGAAGCUGGAGUAGCGCUGGUGCCCUGGGGAUGCCCUGGCACGCGGGCGGCAGGUACUACAGCCCCGGCGGUGACUCCCGCUGCAGAUGCUCUCUACGUCCUCCUUAGAGCAUUCCGCUGGGCGCGCGUGGCCCUGAUCACCGCACCCCAGGACCUGUGGGUGGAGGCGGGACGCGCUCUGUCCACAGCACUCAGGGCCCGGGGCUUGCCAGUUGCCCUAGUGACUUCCAUGGAGACUUCAGACCGGUCUGGAGCCCGGGAGGCCCUCAGGAGGAUCCGAGACGGGCCUAGAGUUAGAGUAGUGAUCAUGGUGAUGCACUCGGUGCUGCUGGGUGGCGAGGAGCAGCGCUACCUAUUGGAAGCUGCAGAAGAGCUGGCUCUGACUGAUGGCUCCCUGGUUUUCCUGCCCUUCGACACGCUUCACUACGCUUUGUCUCCAGGCCCGGAGGCUCUGACUGCAUUUGUCAACAGCUCCCAGCUCCGCAGGGCUCACGAUGCGGUGCUCACACUCACGCGCCGCUGUCCUCCUGGAGGCAGCGUGCAAGACAGCCUGCGCAGGGCCCAAGAACACCAGGAACUGCCCCUUGACCUCAACCUGAAGCAGGUCUCUCCGCUGUUUGGCACCAUCUAUGAUGCUGUCUUCCUGUUGGCUGGGGGCGUGAAGAGAGCAAGAACUGCGGUGGGUGGCGGCUGGGUGUCAGGUGCAUCUGUAGCCCGCCAAGUACGGGAAGCACAAGUCUCUGGCUUUUGUGGGGUCCUGGGAAGAACCGAGGAACCCUCCUUUGUGCUGCUGGACACAGAUGCGUCCGGAGAACGGUUGUUCGCAACACACCUGCUGGAUCCUGUCUUAGGCUCCCUGCGUUCUGCAGGGACCCCCAUGCACUUCCCUAGAGGUGGACCUGCCCCGGGACCAGACCCUUCCUGCUGGUUCGAUCCAGAUGUGAUCUGCAACGGAGGGGUGGAGCCAGGCCUGGUCUUUGUUGGCUUCCUCCUGGUGAUAGGGGUGGGACUGACUGGAGCCUUCCUGGCUCAUUACUUGAGGCACAGGCUGCUACACAUGCAGAUGACUUCCGGCCCCAACAAGAUCAUCUUGACGCUGGAAGAUGUUACUUUCCUCCACCCACCAGGGGGCAGCUCACGAAAGGGAAGUAGAUCCAGUCUGGCUACCCGGAGCGCAUCAGACAUUCGCAGUGUCCCCAGCCAGCCCCAAGAGAGCACCAACGUUGGCCUCUAUGAGGGGGACUGGGUUUGGCUGAAGAAGUUCCCAGGGGAACAUCAUAUGGCUAUCAGGCCAGCAACCAAGACAGCCUUCUCCAAGCUUCGAGAGCUCCGGCAUGAGAACGUGGCUCUCUACUUGGGUCUCUUCCUGGCGGGUACAGCAGACAGCCCUGCCACCCCUGGGGAGGGCAUCUUGGCUGUGGUCUCAGAGCACUGUGCUCGGGGCUCCCUCCAUGACCUCCUGGCCCAGAGAGAAAUAAAGCUGGACUGGAUGUUCAAGUCUUCCCUCCUGCUGGACCUCAUCAAGGGAAUGAGAUAUCUGCACCAUCGCGGCGUGGCCCACGGGAGGCUCAAGUCACGGAAUUGCGUGGUGGACGGGAGGUUCGUGCUCAAGGUGACAGAUCAUGGCCACGGGCGUCUGCUGGAAGCGCAAAGGGUGUUGCCGGAACCUCCCAGUGCAGAGGAUCAGCUAUGGACAGCCCCAGAGCUGCUUCGGGACCCCUCCCUGGAGCGCCGGGGAACUCUAGCUGGUGAUGUCUUUAGCCUGGGCAUCAUCAUGCAGGAGGUCGUGUGCCGCAGCACCCCUUAUGCCAUGCUGGAACUAACGCCCGAGGAAGUAAUACAGAGGGUGCGGAGCCCUCCUCCACUGUGUCGGCCCUUGGUGUCCAUGGACCAGGCACCCAUGGAGUGCAUCCAGCUGAUGACACAAUGCUGGGCAGAGCAUCCAGAACUUCGGCCUUCCAUGGACCUCACCUUUGACCUGUUCAAGAGCAUCAACAAGGGCCGGAAGACCAACAUCAUCGACUCCAUGCUUCGGAUGCUGGAGCAGUACUCUAGUAACUUGGAGGAUCUGAUCCGAGAGCGCACGGAGGAGUUAGAGCAGGAGAAGCAGAAGACAGACCGGCUGCUCACACAGAUGCUGCCUCCAUCUGUGGCUGAGGCCCUGAAGAUGGGGACAUCUGUGGAGCCUGAGUACUUUGAAGAGGUGACACUCUACUUCAGUGACAUCGUGGGCUUUACCACCAUUUCAGCCAUGAGCGAGCCUAUUGAGGUGGUAGACCUGCUUAAUGACCUCUAUACUCUCUUUGAUGCCAUCAUCGGUGCCCAUGAUGUCUAUAAGGUGGAAACAAUUGGAGAUGCAUAUAUGGUGGCCUCCGGGCUGCCGCAGAGGAACGGGCAGCGGCACGCUGCAGAGAUUGCCAACAUGUCACUGGAUAUCCUCAGUGCAGUCGGCUCCUUCCGCAUGCGCCAUAUGCCCGAGGUGCCGGUGCGCAUCCGCAUUGGUCUGCACUCAGGCCCAUGCGUGGCUGGUGUGGUGGGCCUCACCAUGCCUCGGUACUGCCUGUUCGGGGACACGGUCAACACUGCCUCGCGAAUGGAGUCCACUGGACUGCCUUACCGCAUCCACGUUAACAUGAGCACUGUUCGGAUUCUUCGCGCUCUGGACCAAGGCUUCCAGAUGGAGUGUCGAGGCCGCACGGAGCUGAAGGGCAAGGGUAUUGAGGACACAUAUUGGCUUGUGGGCAGACUUGGCUUCAACAAGCCCAUUCCCAAACCACCUGAUCUGCAGCCAGGGGCCAGCAACCAUGGUAUCAGCCUGCAGGAGAUUCCCCCAGAGAGACGCAAGAAGCUGGAGAAAGCCAGGCCAGGCCAGUUUACUGGGAAGUGAAGCUCUACUGGGGACAGGAGUAUUCUGCAAGGCCCUUCCUGAAGUUGCUGCUACAUAUGGGACUAAGGCCCAAGGCUUCUGUCCAGUUCUGCCUCCAAGGAUUCUGAGCCAGGAGUCUGCUGCAAACCGGCUCUGUGACCCUGGGAAGAUCUGAAGUGCUGUCCAGGCCCUCCUCAGUGGUAGAAUGGGGUGGGGGGCGCUAAGCGGUUUCCUUCACCUGUGGCCCUUACA